AUGUUUGACAGCUCCCAGUUGAUACAGCUGAGAGACCAAGAAGAUGUCAAUACUUUGUUACAAUUUAAUGAUGGCUUUGCUCAUGUUUAUGCGUCAAGUUUGGAAAAGGAGCCUUGUUCUAGACUGCCAUUAGGUGGUGUGAAAAAAGUUGAAAUUAUUGAUUCAGAACCAGAUACAUCUCUUGCAGGUGAUGAUGUGAAUGAUUUAGCAUGCCUUCUGAAGAAGGUACGAUUCCGAUCAGCUGGAGACACUAAACCACAGAAGAAAGAAGUUGUCGGUGGUGAUGGUCCAAAACAUGUUGGUGUAACCAGCUCGUGCAGUAAUUCCAUGAAUAAAUUAAAUCAAAAUGGAGUGUGCCUUCCUGAAGGUGAUGUGCAGAACAACAAUUCCAAGAUUGGGACAGUUAACAAACAGGCUUCUAGACCGCAAUCAGGUCUUGCAGAGAAAGUUGAACUUAUAGUUGAUUCAGAAUCAUAUGCAAUUCCUGAUAGUGACCCUUUGGAUGUGUUUAAUUGUCCUGAUUCUGAAUUCAAUGAUUUUGACAAGCAUAAAGUUGAGAAUUGCUUUGUGGCCGGCCAAAUCUGGACUUGCUAUGAUAUGGAUGAUGGUAUGCCAAGAUUAUAUGCCCUCAUUCGGAAGGUGUCCAGUCCUGAAUUCAAGAUAAAGUUCUCAUGGUUCAAGCCUCCUCCAGAAGAUGAAAGGCAGAGUGCAUGGAUCAGGGCAGACUUGCCUGUUGGGUGUGGGAAAUUUAGACAUGGGAAUUCUGAAUAUACUUUUACUCGACUUAUAUUUUCUCAUCAAGUGCCGUGUGAAAAGAGCGAGAGAGGUAUGCUCAUCGUAUAUCCCAGGAAAGGGGAAACAUGGGCCCUUUUCAAAGAUUGGGACAUUAGUUGGAGCGCCGAUCCAGAUGAUCAUAGUGUUGGGCACAUGCCCAUGAACUACACCUAUGAAGUUGUGGAGAUUCUUUCUGGUUAUGUUGGGGAUGCUGGUGUCAAAGUUGGUUACUUAGAUAAAGUGAAUGGAUUUGUUAGCCUUUUUCAGCGAACAAAGAUCACUGUAGCUGGUACAUUCUUUGUAAAGCCAAAUGAACUUUACAAGUUCUCUCAUCGAAUUCCCUCUUUCAACAUGACUGGAACUGAACGAGAGGAUGUACCUGGGGGAUCAUUUGAACUUGAUCUGCUUCUUUACCCCUCAAUCCAGAUGAUAUUUGGUACCCUGGGAAAGUUAUGGAAGGAAGCAGAACUUCAAAUUCUCAUCUCAACCUGUAGAAGAAGUUUGGUCUACUAUUCUCUCUGGAACUAG